CACUACACUCUUUGAACACCUCUUAGUGCACUUGUCUUUUCUCUUCUUUUCACCAUCCAUUAAAAUUGUUGUCAUCCCUGUUUUUCCUGCUUGUUUUAAUUCAACCUACAACUGCAGUUUAUGUCUGUAACACCAGAUUUUUCAGCUGAGAGUUUGAGGAAUGAGAUAUAUAGGCUACUAUAGCCAAAGUGAACACUGUUCUUCAUGACAUAUAAAUGUGAAGCUUAAUUUUCUCUCCAUCUCAAAAUGUUGUUCUUGUAACAGCUUUAGAUGGCUUUUGGUGCUUGAUUUUCGCCUUUUGAUACUAACAAACGGGCAUCAUCACAUAUUGCUAGAAAGCUCAUGCAAAACGAAGUAUAAGCUUUUGGAAUUUGAAGUGAAAGAUUUGAUGUCUCAAUAGAACAGCAAAGUACUAAUGCAUGUGGCCGUAACCUGUUGAAGUAAAACAUUAUCUGAAAUCAUGAACAACAAACCAUGGCUUUGGAGGAAAAAAUCUAUGGAGAAGACAAUCUUUGCAAUGGACAAAGGUGUAAGCCCUCCUGGAACCAAUGAAGAAGAGGUAAAUAAACAGCCAACAGAUAUAAAACCUGGAUUGGAAAGAUCACCGGAAAGUCUAGACAAGAAGUUGGCAACAGUUCUCCUUGAUUACCACGCUGGAGACGAUCCUUCCAUGGAACGCAACCAUAGGCCCCAACAAGAAAUUAGAGACAUGGAAGGGGCAGAACAAGUCGAAUCUGCCAAUGAUUCAGAUAAAAGAUCACCUGCUGAAACCGUAACUUCAACCAAUGCAACAUGCCAUGAACCUUUUCAGCAACCAAGUUAUAUUCAAGAACAAGAGCAGAUUCAGAAAGAACUGGAAGAGAAGUUGAGAGAAUCAAGUAAAAGGGUAGCCGAGUUAACUGCUGAGAAUGCUCAUCUAGCUAAUGCCUUACUAGUCAAAGAAAAAUCUAUUGAGGACUUGCUUCAAUGCAAACAACAAGCAGAAGCAGAGUUUAGUAAGGUUAUGGCAAGGUUAGAUGCAACUCAGAAGGAAAAUAUUUUCCUCAGAUAUGACUUUCACGUGCUGGAAAACGAACUUGAGAUCAGGAAGGAGGAGAUCAACUAUAGUCGUCAGUAUGCAGAUGAAUCGCAUAAACAAUAUCUUAUAAGUUCUGAGAAUGUCUCGAAGUUGGAAGCCGAGUGCCAGAGACUCCGCACACUGCUGCAUAAAAGCUCACCUGGUCCUGCUAAUUUAGUGAAUACGAAAAAUGAAGCCAGAAAGACGAGGAGGGAGACAGAUAUGAGAAGAAAAAAGCCUAAUCCUACCAGAGAUUUGGUUUGCAAGAACAAUGAUAUUAGAAACUCUACCAAAGUACCCGAGAAGAGCAUCGGCUUGGUGUUCAAACGGUUACAAGAUCUGGAUGAGGAAAACAAGGCUCUGAAAAGAAUUUUAACCCAGAGAAAUACUGAACUAGAUUCAUCAAGAAUCAUGUAUGCUGAAACAGCUUCCAGAUUAUCACAGGCUGAGAUUUUGCUCAGGAAGUUUUCUGAGAAUCAGAAGUCCAUGGAGCUAGCAAAGUAUUAUCCCACAUCAAAUGAACUUUCUUUAAUAUCGAAAUUUGAUGUUGCUAGUGAUGAUGGAGCGAUCUCUACUGGAUCCUGGGCAAAUGCUCUUAUUUCAGAACUUGAGCAUUUGAGAACUGCAGAGGGUGAAUGGCAUAAGAACAUGAGUUUCUUCAUGGAUGACUUUGUUGAGAUGGAGAAACAAGCCAUAGUUUCGGUUGAUUCUCCUAAAAGAGGAUACUGCUCUGAUACAAGUGGGAGGGAACUGGUGCCAGUUGAACAAGAUAUUAGCUUCACUGAAGGGAAACAGCAGAAUCAAUUCAAACAUCCAUCUGAGAGAUCAUUUGAUUGGCUACAAGUUGUUUCGAAUGCAAUCUUGGAAGAGAGACGCUUAUCAAAACGAAGCCUUGAUGAGCUGUUUGAUGACAUAAAAAUUGCUUUUGGUUGCAUGAAUCACCCAACAACCUGUAAACCUGAUAACAGUUUCAGUGGUUCUGGCGAAGCAAAAAGUUCCAAACAAUGUGACUCUCAUUUGAGAAAGUCAAUACAUAAAAUUAUCAAGCUCAUUGAAGGAAUCGCUCCCGAAUCAUUCAUCUGUAAUAACUCUUCAGAUUGCUUGGAGGAUAACUCGCAUUCUAACAUAUCUCAUUCACCAACAUCUAAAGAAUACUUUGUUCAUGUUUUCCAAUGGAAGGUUUCAGACUUGAAUCCUCUUCUGCAUCAACUUGUUCAUACCUGCAAAGAUUUGCUAACAGGGACAGCAAAUUCGGAAAUUUUUUUUGAGGAGGUAGCAUUUGCUUUGGAGUGGAGCAUCAAUAACUGUGCCACCUCCACAAAUGCUUCAAUUGCAAGAGAUAAGAUCAGGAGGCAUUUUGGCUCUCUUCUGUCCAAAAAUAAGACCGGGAAUCAAAGAGAUUGUGAUGAUAAACAGUCUUUUCGCUCCACCUCAGGUGCGUAUUCAGAUGAUCAAGGUGUAUGCCUCAACACACAGAAAAAUCAGUUUGACCCCAUUGAAGAAAAUAGGAAGUUGAAAGAGGAUCUGAGAUGCACAAUAUCUGCAAAGAAGGACGUGGAAGCCAAGCUGACCGAGGCGAAUCAAAACUUGACAAAACAGUGUCAAGAAGCACAUAAUAGUAUCAAAGGUUUAGAAUCAGAAAUGGCAACACUCAGAGAAUCCAAAGGAAUAAUUGAAGAUCAGAUUGAAAAACAGAAGAUGAUAAAUGAAGAUCUUGACACCCAGCUUACCAUAGCUCAAGCCAAGUUAAAUGAUUUCUGUCAAAAGUUCUCAUCCUUAGAAGUCGAAUUGGAGGAUAAAAAGAACUCCUGUGAAGAAUUAGAAGCAACUUGUCUUGAGCUUCAGCUCCAGCUGGAAAGCAUUGCGAAGAAAGAUGCUCCAAUAUAUGGUAGAUGUGAUGCGGAAAAGAUAUAUCGAACUGGCUGGGAGAUCACAACAGCUUCAUCAAAGUUGGCGGAGUGCCAAGAAACCAUCCUCAACCUUGGGAAACAACUCAAGGCACUUGCUUCGUCUAAUGAAACAGCACCUUUUGACAGGGUAGUCUCUGCGACUAGUACUACUAUGGACAAUCCUACUCAAACGAAGAACCUGGUCAAACGAUCUUCUCUACUCAAUCAAAUGCAAGCUGAGGAUGAUGCUAUGGCAGAGAUCCAUGAUCCUUUUCAAGUUGGAGGGAGUGAAUGCAGUAAAGAUGCAAAUAAGCCACCCGUUCUUCAAUCCGAAGAGGAUAGUGCUAUGCAUGGUCCAGAAGUCAUAGCUAAUGCUUCACAACCAACUGUUACCUCAGAGCAAAAUGAUAGAAGCACUGCUGCUACAGGGUCUCUGGCAAUUGUACCGAGUAAAAAACAAGGAAGCCUUGGUUUUCUGAAGAAGCUACUAUUAAGACAAAAGAAAGGGAAAGUUAAAGGCACUAAGAUAUUGGUAAAAUGAUGAUUGGAAAUGAAACUUGAACUAAGAAUGGUCCUUCCAAUAAAGUGAAGUUUGGCAUCUUCUGCUAUCUACCCUGUUCUGUUUGAAUUUGUGACCGAGAGACUUUUGUGCAAUGCAUAUUUAAAUAUCUUCUAUGGAUUGAAAAUGUUUCUUUGAUGAUUGGUGUUGAGAGUUGCAGGGAGACAUGCUGUUGUAAAUAGUAGUGGAGAAAACAAACAUGUGCAACAUUGGUAUUUGAUAUUGGGUAAUGUUACGGUGAGGAAUUCAAAUUUUUUCUA